GCUCAACAAACAACACAAGCCAACCCCAAGGGAACGAAGAUAUCGCGGCCUAUUGGCGACUUGUUUAUUGUUGUUUGCUCAUAUUGCAGACUCGUGCAUGCUUAUAUACAUACGUGAACGAAAGUGAAUAUCCAAACUAGUGGAAACGUAUGUGUUCAUACAUAUGUGCAUGUGUAUGGGUGACACUUGAUGGUAUGAAAAGAAAAAUUAUGAAAAUAUUCUUUGCGGCCAGCACAAGUUAGUAGUCAGUUGGGUUUAGUCAGUGUAACGGUUAUAGUGUCAAAUAAAGUGUAAAGGCUGUGAAAAGCAUUGGUGAACAUAAACUUUUGAUUAUUAAUACACAGCUAUGUACAUAUGUAUGUAUGUAUGCAUAUGUGUGAGUAAUUGCGAUAUUUAGAAAUUUUGGUAAGCUUCAAACGAAGUUUCAGUGAAAAUUAACUAAGCUUACAUAACAAAGUGCCAAGUGACAAUAGUUUUUGGUGGCGCCAGUGUGGUUAACGGUAGUUUAUGGUGUAUUCAUUAUAUUUUUUAGUAGUUUUUAACGGUUUCUUGUGCCAUAAAACGUAAAAUAUAUGUGCAUGAUUUAAUAACAUGUUUUAAUUAAGUGUGUGCGCUCUAAAAAUUUAUUUUAAAAAUUUAUAACACAAAAGAAAUCCAAGUCUACAGUUUCAUAAAUCCACCUAACCCUCGUGUUCAUGUUUAUUGAUCGUUUAUAGUUGAAACUUUUAAAAACAAACAACAACACCACCUAUACCACAAUAAAAACAAGUAGCGGCAAGCAACAACAACUACAAAAACAACUACAAACGCAGCGACAAUGAAGCAUCUAAUUGGAUUAUUACUAAAUUUGGCUGCCAUAACAGCUACCGUGCUGGGCAGUCGCCAUGAUAUGCUUUCGCUUAGUCCCUCCGAUCACGAGCUGGUGCGCUAUACGAACGAUUCACUGUUGGUGCAAUGCCGCAGCACGACAACGGAGUCGCAGCUGGUGUGGCGCUCGCCAAAAGGCGAAAUAAUUAAGGAGCACAAAGGACGCAUACACAUCGAGCAGAGUGCGCCAGAUCAACUGACAAUUGUUUUCACACACAUUUCGCUGGGCGACAAGGGCAAGUGGCGCUGCGAAGAUGCCAACGGUGAUAGAGCGGAGAAAUCUUUCGAGCUCAUUGUCUAUCAAAAAAUCGCUUUCACCGAGAACUUCACCAUACUCACCGUGAAGGAGGGCAAGGACGCGUUUAUACGUUGCGAGGUGAAGGGCGAACCGCAGCCAAAUGUCACUUGGUAUUACAACGGACAGCCAAUUAUUGUUGAAUCAUUUACGGGCAACACAACGAAAUUCCAAAUACUGGCUGACGGAUUACAGGUCCGCAAGGUAACGCAGAACGACACCGGCGAGUAUACGUGCCGCGCCUACCAAGUGAACACAAUCGCAUCGGACAUGCAGGAGCGCACCAUUUUGAUGAAAAUCGAACAUAAACCAAUCUGGCGAUACAGCCAACACAUACCGGUGCAGUAUGUCUACCCGAACGGAAGUGUGACCAUAGCGUGCGAGGCAAUCGCUGAGCCGCCAGCCAAUUUCACCUGGUACAAGAAUGGCAAUAAGAAACGUUUGCAUAACGACAAACACCACGCCAUCGAGAAGGAUUACUAUGCAUCCACGUUGACGAUUCAUGCGCGCAACGAUGACGUAUUCGACACGUACCGCUGCCUGGCCGAAAAUCAGUUGGGCGCCAUCGAACGCAACACCGUACUAAAGCGAGGCGUUAAGCCACCACCACCCAGCGUACUGCAAUUGCGUGGCUUCAAUUCGAACAAAUUCGAUGUGGAUGUUGGUUCGGUGCGGGUCUCACCGGCUCGCACCGCUCCGUCAACAACGGAACAAUUGAUGGAGGUGAACGGUUUUCGUAUUGAAUAUAUGACGGAGUAUGAAUUCAAGUCGGAUGGCGGCAAAUGGACGAAUGCUAAACGGAAGGACUUCCCGUUCGAAGAUGGCGCAACUUUUCUCAUCAACAAUCUGGAAGCCAAUACCACCUAUUUGAUGCGUGCCGCCACCAAAAACUUAGCCGGUCUCAGCGAUUAUACGAAAGUCGAGAAAUUCCACACACUUUCCAAUGAGCCGAAAUCCGCGUCAGCGCGUCUCGAGCACUUGACUGCCACACAGUUGUUGUGUAUAUCACUGGUGGCGUUGUUGUUGUGUAAGGAAUUAUCUUUCGGCUUUCAACCAGUGAGCAGUAUAACGAAGUUGCGACGCGCUGCCGGUGUGCGUUGGUGAAGCAAAUGUGCCACCAUAAAUUAUAGAGCAGUGAGGAUCUACGCCAGCAGCAGCAGCAGCUUUCUUCUGGGUGAAAGCGUGGUAAGAAAGUAGGGUAUGGGUUUCAAGUUAUAUAUAUACACAUGACAAUAGUUAUUAUGUGUAAAAUGUUCGCUUAGCACUAAGGGUUAAAGGCUACGAAGAGUUUAUAUUUUACUUAGUUGAAAUACACACUAAAUAAUGGAAAUAUACAAA